AUGGCGAGGAACAGCACCGGCAACUUGACAGUCCAAGGGUCGCCCACUGCUAGCAUCACCACCGCAAACUUCUUCAACGAGUCCGACAAGCGCGCUUCCAUCGCUUGCGUGCUCUGCCGCAAACGCAAGCUUCGCUGCGAUCAAGCUGAACCAUGUCGUCAAUGCGAGAGGCGUGGGCUUCGUUGUGAAUAUGCGCUCACGCAAAGUCAGUCCCAGCGCGUAGAC